GGGAGCUGGCCUCACGGGGCCUUCUGGGCUGCCCACCUGGGCCAAGCAGCAUGCAUGCAGAGGAUGGCAGGCUUGUGGGCUCACUGCCUCCCUGCCUCUCGGCCUUCUGGACCCCUGACUCCCUGCAUGGUGGACUGUGGCACCAGGCGUGGGUUAGAAACCUGCUGCUCCCAGCCCCUGCAGCCACACCCUCGGACGCUGGCUGCAAGGAUAACCGGGUGCAAACUGUCUCUGGAGCCGAGCAUUGCAGGUGCACUGAGGAGACCAGAGGCUUCAAGGAACACCGCGUGGCUUAAUACAAAUGAGCACCUGGGUCCGAGGGCAGGCACUGUGCUCCGGGCGAGCUCGGCCGCCCGCCCCGAAGGAGAUGGCGGGUUUUCCUGCCGGUCCCGCGGCCUCUCUCCUCCCUCUGCUCCUUCUCCAAGUGCCCGCGUGGUGCUUGGCAGCACCUGGGUUUUCUGUGAAGGGACCAGCUGAACCUGUCGUGGCCCUGCUAGGGGCAGAUGCCACUCUGCCCUGCCAGCUGUCCCCUGAGCAGAGCACAGCCCACAUGCACAUCCGGUGGUACCGAGCCCAGCUCUCCCCCGCUGUGCUUGUGUACCAGGAUGGACAGGAGGACGGUGGAGAGCAAAUGCUGGAGUACCGUGGCAGGGCGGAGCUGGUGGCAGACUCCAUCAGCAAGGGGAGCGUGGCCCUGCUGAUACGCCAUAUCCGUGCCACCGACAAUGGCCAGUACCGUUGUUAUUUUAAAGAUGGCCACGUCUCUCAGGAGGCCACUGUGGAGCUGCAUGUGAUAGGCUUGGGCUCUGUCCCUCACAUUCACAUGACGGGGCCUGAGGAUGGCGGGAUUCGAGUGCUGUGCUCCUCAGGCGGCUGGUUCCCGAAACCCAGGCUGCAGUGGAGUGACAAGGCAGGAGCGAAGCUCCCAUCCCUCUCUGAGUCUCACACCCAAGAUGGAGAAGGGCUCUUCCGCACGGAGGCAUCACUUGUGGUCACAGACAGUUCUCUAGGCAAUGUGACCUGCUCCAUCCAGAAUCCCCUCUCUGGGCAGGAGAAAGUGGCCACCAUCUUCCUCCCAGAACCCUUCUUCCCCAAGAUGUGCCCGUGGAAGGCGGCCCUGGCUGGAACACUCCCUGUGCUGGCACUCCUCCUCGCUGGGAUCAGCUACACUGGCUGGAGAGAACAUCAAGCCAAAGAAAGAGAAGUGGAGAAGAGGAAGAAAGAAUCUCAUGAAAGAGAUCAGAUGAAGAGUGAAAAAGAAAUGGUACUUAAUGCCAAAGAAAACCUCACGACAGAGCUUGAAAGGAGAAAGAAGCUGUACGCUGCAGAUUGGAAGAAGGCCCUGCUAUAUCCUGACUGGAGGAAGGAGCAGUUCAAGCUCGCCCCUGUGACUGUAAAUCAUAAACAUUUUUGCCAGAACAAUUCUGACCCAGAGAGAAAAGAGAACUUGGGAGAGGAAACACAGGAUCUCUGUCGUAGUGAAAAGCAAGGAGACCAAAACCUUAUCACACUUCAUGAGGAAGGCUUCACUUCAGGGAGACACUAUUGGGAGGUGGACGUUGAGGACACCUGUGAGUGGACUCUAGGCAUUUAUGAGGAGCGGAAAGACAGCAGUGGAUUACUCCAAGCUCUACUAAAGAAGACAUUCAGAGUCUUAGAGAAGAAGGGAUGUGAAUACAGGGCUCUCGCCUGUUCUCCCCAAGACAUUUCUCUAGAACGGCUUCUCGGGAUAGAAAUGUGUCCAAAAAAGAUUGGGAUUUUCGUGGAUUAUGAAGAUAGUGACAUUUCUUUCUACAACAUGACCGAUGGUGCCCAUAUUUUUUCCUUCACCCGGGCCAGAUUCUCUGGGUCACUGUAUCCUUACUUCAAAGAAAGUUCAUGGAGCUUUCUCCAUCCGCUCAACAGUGAAUGACUUAGAGAAAAAAUCUGGACCAUGGAGGCAGGAGCUAUGAAUGGUCCGGGAGCGCUGCCGGGACUCCAGUCCUGGUGGCUGGCCUCAAGCCCACCAAUUUUGAGGCCUCUUUGCCUAAGGCCUUGUAAGUCUGUAUGACCAGAGUUUCUGACCACAUCAAGCAGUGUUUCUUAAACAAUCUGUAGAGAAGAAUCAUUUUUGGCUAUUGUUAUAAAUAUUGUUUCUUGAUUUAUAUAUAAUAUAUCACAGACCGAUCAUUUUCUAAAAUAAAUUACUGUGAAGGGAAUAAAAAACAAAGACACAAACAUGUAAGAGGUAAUUAUUAGUAGAUUCAAUGUACCCAAAUUUAAUCUGUCAGUUUGCUCUAAAAGUUUCACGAUGUGUCUGUGUCUGUAUUUGUUUCAUAAGCAGCUGGUAAGAAACAGUUAACACAGAGGCACUUGUUUGUGGGCCCCACCUGGGUAGCUGCGCUACUGCAGUAUUCAAAGAAUAAAAUUUUAGAUAAGCUUCCUCACGUUUCUCCACUUCAACACUGAAUAAAAAUGACAAAGAGUGCACUUGCAAAUGUUGGAGGGGAAAAGUUAAACUGUAGUUUUAUAACAAGCUAAUCUAUAUCUGAAAUGCAAGAAUAAUUUGAGGAAAGAAAAAUAUCAGUUACAGUCUAAUUUCAACAAAUGUAAUGAUGUCGACAUGCUGGAGGUGGGGAAAGCGGAAUGAAGUCAGAGCAUAGUGUAAGCAUAGUGUAAGCACUAAGGUGCUUACCUUGUCGACGGAAGAGAGAGAUUGCCUUGUCUGAGGUAUUAACAAGGAAAGGGCUACGUUGCACUCUUAGGAAUUCUCUGUGUGUCUACCCGCAGAGGUCAAUAAAGGCCUUUCUCCCUCCAAUCACACUACCUAUUACGUUCCAACGAAAUGAAAUGGUUAGAGGAAACAAUAUCCAGUGUUCAAAUGGAUGAGAAGAGAGAGUGCUCCUACCAGCCAGACUGGGAAACUUACAAAGUCUGUGGACACGGGGCAGAGGACCCAGAAACAGGGGAUAAUUAUUAGCACUGGACUAAAAACCGAUCUGAUACCAAUAAACAAAUCUUAAAAUCGAGACUCAGAAGGGUCAAAUUGCUCGCAAGAAUCUUUACCUUCAUCCCAGAAAAAGCUCAAAUUCACAGUGUCUGACAUCCAAUAAAAAAUUACCAAGAGUGGAAAGAAGCAGGAAAAUACAACUCAUACUUAACAGAAAAUGAAUAAAUUAAAGUUAACACAGAACUGAUAUAGGUGUUAAAAGACAAGGACAUUGCAGUAGAAGCUGUAACUGUAUUUCAGAUGUUUAAAAGGUUCACUAGGGCUAUGCGCUUAGAAGGAAGACCCAAAUCGAGCUUCUGGAGAGAGGAACAGCAGCGAGUAAGAUAAAAACUGCAUUGGAUGGGGUUGACAGCAGAUGAGCCAUUGUACAAAUAAAUUAUUUGUGAACUUGAAGACAUACAAAUAAAACACAGAAAAUAAAGAAUUUGUUAAAAUUAAAAAAACCUCAUAGACGCAGACAACAGCAGGGCGAUGACUGGAGGGAAAUGGUGGGGGAGGCAGAAGAGGGUAAAGGGGGUUAUGGGGGCAGAAGGAGACUGGACUCGAGGUGGUGAAGACACAGCCCAACAUAUACAGAUGACAUACAGAAUUGUACACCUGAAACCUAUUGUAAUUUUAUUAACCAAUGCUGCCCCAAUAAAUUUAAUUUAAAAAUUUUUAAAGAAAA